AUGCAUCUCCCGCCUGCUGCCGUCUUCCUGGGAACCUUUGCGCUGAUAUGGAACGUGGAAGCAAAGAAAUGUCCUCCAGCGUGCAGCUGCGACAACGCCAAGCUCACGGUAGCCUGCGUCGGCAAGAACCUGACUGAAGUUCCGUCAGCUCUUGACGAGAUCACAGUCAAGCUAGACCUGAAGAACAACAACCUGGGGGCGCUGCCAAGAGGCGCCUUCACGCGCACCCCGUACCUCACCCACCUCAACCUGCAGCGGUGCAACAUUGUCAAGGUGAAGGAGGGGGCUUUCCGCAUGCUGGGCCGCGUGGUCUCCCUGAACCUGGCCUACAACAAAAUCGACAUCCUUUACCAGGAAUCCUUUGACGGACUCUCCUCCUUGAAGGAGCUUCAUCUGGACCACAACCGUGUGGAGGAGAUCCAACCAGGAGCGUUCAUGCAACUGGGCUCGCUCAACAUGCUGGCUCUCAACCACAACCAGCUGGUCUACAUCCCCAACAUGGCCUUCCAGGGUCUACAAAACAUCAAGUGGCUUCGACUCAGCCAUAACUCCAUCAACAACUUGGCACCUGAGGCGUUCGCAAGCUUGUUCACCCUCACUCGCCUCAGUCUGGACCACAAUGAACUGCAGUUCUUCCCCACGCAGGCCAUGACCAGACCUCGUGAGGUGACACGCCUGGAAAUGAGCCACAAUCCCAUGAUCUACCUCGGCGAAGAGUCCGUCUCCAUGGCGAAGCUCACACACUUGUACCUGGAUCACAUGUCCCUCCAAGACCUAUCAGAGCAGGCCUUGUCCCAAGCCCCCAUGCUCUCCCACCUGGACCUGAGCCACAACCAGCUGCAUUACCUGGACCCGCUGUCGGGCCCCAAGAACCUCGUCAGCCUCAACCUCACUGCCAACCCCAUCUACUGCAGCUGCUACAUGCGACCCUUAAAGAACUGGGCCAGCCGUGGGGGCGUCAAACUGCUGGGAGCCUGCGCCGGACCCCCUCAUCUGUCCGACGAGCCGCUGCGAGCCGUGGCCGCCGCGGACAUGCGCUGCCGCAGCAGGGCUGACCACCUGAAGGACGACUUUGAGGAAGAGGAGCAGGAGGAGGAGAAGGCGCCCGCCGUCAGCAGCGCCCCCACCGCCAAGCCCCAACAGAAGGGCAAAUGUCCGCUUAACUGCCACUGUCAUAUGGAAGCCCAGCAUGCUACAUGUGAGAAUGGAGGUCACACCAAAGUACCCCGAGGCUUCCCCGCCAAAACGCAACUCCUGGACCUCCGCAGCAACCACUUCCACUACCUUCCCACCAACAGUUUCCCCGGCACCGGUCACGUUAUAUCCCUACAUUUGGAAUUCUGCAAAAUCCACGAAAUAUCAGGAGGUGCCUUUCGGGGUAUGAAAAACCUGUUUUACUUGUAUCUCUCUGACAAUGACCUCACAUCCUUGGAUCCUGAAGCCUUCUCCGGAGCCCCCGAGCUCAGCUACCUGCACCUGGAGGGGAAUCGUUUGGCACAGUUUCCUGGAUCAGCUAUGAGACUCUUACCAAGUCUGUUUGUACUCCAUCUGGAACGAAAUGCCAUCUCAAAACUGGAGCCCGCCGGUCUGCUGUCCUCAGUAACCCCCAAACUACGGGAGCUUUAUUUAACCAAUAACACCAUUCGCACAAUCGCAAAAGGCGCUUUGGACUCCACCUUGCUUGGUAAACUCCACCUGGAUGCUAAUCAGCUGACCAGUCUUCCAACUGCCGCUAUAUCCAACGCCCCCAAUCUGGAGGAGCUCAACCUGUCUCAGAACCGGAUUCUUUCUAUCGGACCCAAUGCGUUCAAGCCGGUUUCCCAGAGUCUAAAGUGGCUGUACAUGGACCAGAUGAAUAUCGAGAAGAUGUCCCAGGACUCUUUAGCGGGGCUUGGUCCGGGACUGAAGGGUCUCACUGUGAAGGGAAACCAGCUGAAGGAGCUUCCUGACUUGAGUUUGCUGACUGGAUUGGAGGUGGUGGACUUGCAAGACAACCCUCUGCUGUGUGACUGCACCGUGUUGCCACUGCGCAGGUGGAUGGACAAUGUGAGCUUGGAGGUGGGUGCUACCUGUGGCCACCCUCCAGACCUCAAAGGUCAGAAAAUCAGGGAUUUAGAUCUUUUUAAAUCUUGUAGUUCUGAAAGCAGCACGAUAUCAGACCGAAAGGGUCUGGUGGCUCCCGCUCAAGUAAAAGUCAAGAAAGCCAAAUUGAACUUUGUGAAGGUCCCUGGAGUGAAAGCUAAACCUGGAAAGAACAACGUGAAGCAGACCAAGCCAACUAAAAAGAAACCUCAAUGGAAACCUGCAGCAGCAGUGACAAAAAAGAAGAAAGUGAUAUAA